CUUCUCGUAUCACGUAAACCCAUACAAUACCCAAUUAAGAAACACUACUCUUAUAAUGUGAAUAAAUUUAUCACAACCAAUUAUGCUUGGUGGAGGUCAAAGUCACGAAUUCGAGUGUCAUCACUAACAUUCACUUGGGAGUUUUAAGCGUUAACGUGUGUAGAAGGGUUGGACGACUAGUCAGGGAAAAAAAAAAAAACAGCAUAGGUCAUAGCCUCCGUAGGGGACCAAUUUCAUUACCACAUUUGUAAUAAUUACAAUCAUAAUCCGUACUUUUUGUUUCUCUUCACAACUCUCUUUCUUUCUCCUGGAGAAAUUAUUGUAGACUUCCAACUUCCUUGAAGAUUGACACCAAAUUUUUGCCAGGUAGCAAAAACCAUGUAAAAUAAACAUAAAAAGAAAUAAAAAAAAAAAAAACAGAAUGAAAGUAGAAAAAAAAAACAGAGGAAAAAAGAAAACCAAAAACAGAGUAUAUCUGAGUUUUCUGACAGAAGUGAAAGCUAAACUCAUCAGACACCCAAAAUCCACAAAAAAUCAAGGAAAAAAUGGGUAAAAUCCAGAAAAUCAGUCAGAAAGGAGUGAAAUUGAGGUGAAAGAUGAAAUCUUUAGAGAGAGAAAGAGGGAAAUUUAGAGAGAGAAAUGAAAAUAAGGGAAGAAGAAGAAAGUGGGGAAAAAGGUACAAUUUCAGCGGAAAAAAAGGAUGAAUUUUUUAGUAGAAGAAGAAAGUCUUUGCCUUUAUUGGCUGCCUGUAAAAGGGGUUUUUGUGGGCCCAGAAAUUCCACUGUUACUACCCCAGUCAUCUUAUGGAAGGAGGUUGUUGUUGUUGGAGCUCAAAACACCAUAAUUAAAGGCAACAACAAAAACAACACUUUUCCUCUUUUUUCUUCAUUUUCUUUCUCUUGUUAUUCUUCUGCUGCUGCUCAAUUUUCUGCUAGGAAACUUGGUUCCGUUUUUUGGGAGUUUCAACAUUAUUUUAAUUCUGAAGAAAUGUAUUUGGGUGUCAAUAAUCAUAAUCAAAGGGGUCGUAGAAUUCAUCAUAGAUUGAAUAAGGAUGAGGGUUUUGAUCAUAAUCUUCAUCAGAUUAAUGGACAUCCCUCUUUACCAGUUGAUCCUCAUAGAGGCGGUUCUUCUGAUUAUCAGCCUUCAAGUGCUGGUAGCUUGAGGAGACAUAUUGCAGCCUCACUGAUGCGGCAUCAUCAAUCAUCAGAAAGGAAUAAACACGCGCUGCAGCCUCUUUCUCCCGCAAGCUAUGGUAGUUCCUUGGAGAUGGCUCCUUAUAACCCAGCAGCAACUCCUGACAGUUCAAUUGAGUUAAGGGGAAGGAUGGGUGAGCCUAAUUAUGGCUUUAAAACAUCAACCGAGUUGCUUAAAGUGUUGAACCGUAUAUGGACACUUGAAGAGCAGCAUGCUUCCAAUGUGUCUCUGGUGAAAGCAUUGAAACACGAGCUUGAUCAUGCCCGUGGUAGGAUCAAAGAGUUGCUCAGAGAUCAACAAGCAAAUCGUCAUGAGAUUGAUGAACUAUUGAAACAAAUCUCACAAGAUAACAUAUCUAGGAAGAGCAAAGAACAAGAGCGGGUAGAGGCUGCUCUCCAAUCUGUGAGAGAUGAAUUGGAAGAUGAAAGGAAGUUGAGAAAACGAUCUGAAAGCUUGCAUAGGAAGCUAGCUAGGGAGCUGUUUGAGAUCAAGGUGGCCUUAUCAACCACUCUCAAAGAGCUUGAAAAAGAAAGAACAUCAGGUGAGCUCCUAGAAGAACUUUGUGAUGAGUUUGCCAAAACUAUUAGGGAAUAUGCAAAACAAGUGCACGAUGUCAAACAGAAGUCUGACAGGGACUGGACUGGCCACACUAGUCAUGACAAUUUGAUCCUACACAUUUCCGAAUCUUGGCUUGAUGAGCGAGCUCAGAGGAGAGACAGGGAAGCACAGAGAGCAUCUGCUGUUGUUGACAAAUUGAGACCUGAAAUAGAGACAUUUCUCACAGCUCGACAAACAGCUAACAUAGACACUAAAGAAACUGAUCACAAAGAGAGCCGUUUAAGGCAUCGUUCCCUCGAAUCAAUUCCUGAGGUUGGGAAUGCCCCUGAAGAUUCAGCUGCCUAUUCUGACUCUCGCUGUGCUGAGAAAAGCAAAGUGGGCCCCAGCCACUACGAGGAGCAGGAAGAACUUGCAUUGAAUGGGAGGAGGAAGGGUCAAAGUCCUCCUAGUGUGCAGAUGUCGGAACCUCAAAACACUCGGGAAAUUGACUCUAGAAUGAAAACAGGUGAAGGAACCCCGACAGAAAUCAGCAUGCUCCAGAAGUCUGAGAUUUAUGAUUCCUACCAAAAGAAGAAGAAUUACGAUGAAGAAGGGCAUGGAUCGAACUCAAAAACAGUUGACAAACUAAUUAGUGAGUUGCUGUUAUCAGAAGGUGGGAGUUUCCCUCCUGAAUAUGAAUACAAGGAAGCUGCUUCGAGUAAUCCUUCUACAUUGAAAAGGCAUGCAAGCCCUGUGAGACAGUGGAUGACAAACAUGAGAUCCCCGGAUCCCAAAAUUUCUGAGUCAUCUUCAAGAUUGCAGUCAGUGAGAGAGAAUUCAUUAAAAGCCAAGUUACAAGAACCCAAGUCUAAAGGGCAGCGUUCACGUUUGAAAAUCCUAAAAGUAUAUCAGGUUCUCUUUUGGGAAGAAAGGAAGAAGUAGCUUUUACUUCAUGGUCAUCGGAUUGUUAUUUAUGCCUUCGGGAUAACUAAUGUGUACACAUCAAUUGUAGUUUCCUUUUUUGGUCAGUUGGAUUGAAUCAAGUUUUGUUGACAUUCAUUUCUUUCUGGUUCUUGUAAUCUCCUUUGUUGUUAGCUUUAGUGAAGUUCUGUAGUGUUUGAGUCUUUCUGUAAGUACUAUUUUUGGUGAGUGAAAUUAUAUUAUGCAGUUUUCCUUUUUUAGCCCCAUAA